AUGUUCAUGAAGGUAGAUAUGAGAAUGUAUGAGCCUGGAUGCACGUUUGAUGGUGUGUUUGCAAUUCUCUCCCUCUUCCAGGUUUCGCCUGGCGAAAUAUACUCGAUGUGCUGCAAGUUUUCUGAAUGGCUGAAGCCCGGUGGGUAUUUGGUUAUUGGGGUGACCCCGAGUACAGACCUACCUCUGGGUGAGUACAUUUAUGACUCCACAUGGGAUUGCACGCGACAAAUGGGGAAGCCAUGGAUGAACCGCUACACCGACGAAUUGUUUUUUUCUGAGGAGCGAUGGAAGGGAAUUCUCCGAAGCUUUGGGUUCGAGAUUGAGUCAGAGUCUCGCUAUUCUUUCACCCCAAAAGAUGUAGAGUUCAAUCACGCACAGAUUCAUUAUCUUCAACUAGCAAGAAAGGCCGAAAACCACCAGCUUCUAGGGCCAUAUCCGCAGCCUACUAAAGCUGAACUGCAUCGAAUGCCCCGUGCCUGCUACUUUGCCGAGAGCCUAGUAAGCGAGCAGCUGAAUAUUAUUCUUGGGAGUUUCACAGAGGAGGAAGUCCUCUGCUUGGGAUGUAUCAACAAGGGUAGGUGGCGCUCAACCAUCUAUUUAAUUCGAAAGCAUGCUAAAAAACAGUUGACGAGACUGGAAGACUGGGUGAGCACCAAGCCAAACAUUCGCAUGUUUGACGGCACUAUAGAAAAGCUGCCAUUCUCGACAGAACAGUUUGACAUUGUCUUGGUAUCAUGGCAACUUGAGUUUGCCGCGGACAUGGUUUCCAUAGUUGACAAAGAAGAGCUUUUUUCAAGGCUCGAACUUCAUUUCUGUGGAAGUGAGCAUACGAUUGGCCAUAACAUGGCCAUGCUGGACGUGAGUUUGACUGUAAAUUAG